GACCCAAAAAAAUCUCGAUUGAUGAGAUUUUAACUCAUAUAGAUAUAAUAAUUUAGCAUAAUUUUACUUUAAAAUAGGUACCAAAUCCAACUUUGGUACGUGACCGGAUUGAUGUACACCUCGGUCAGUAAAGGAGGCGUUAUUUAACAAUUCCUUAAACAAACCACCUCCUCCGCUCCUCGUGCGCAUUAAAAGCUUUGAGCUUAUUUUUUAAACGAAAAAAACAAAGUAUAAAAAAACAAUAAAACGUGUCAAACCAAUGUAAAUCUUACACUUAGCUUGUGCAUAAGCACCCUAACUCCAUGCAUGAAGACACGUAUCACUUCAACUUAGCUUUUCUUCAUCACUAUUAUAUCAUAACCCAUUCUCUCUUAUCAUCAUCAUUUAAACUUUAUGAUAAUCCUUUCUUCAUAAAGUUAUCAUAUCAAACGAUCCAAAAUUAAAAAUAAAAAAUAAAAAUGGUGAAACUAGCAAGUGCAAGAGAGAGUAGGCUAUAUGGGCCAAGACUAGCAAGAAAUCGAUCAGAAUACAUGAAUGCUGGGCUAUACUUGUUUGGUACAAUCGUCUUAUUAAUGGGCUUUAUAGCCCUAUUCUCUAAGGAGCCCAAAUCAGGUCUUCUCCUACUGUUGAUUGGGUAUUUUCUUAUCACCGCCGUUAAUGUUCAUGAUUUGGUGGCCCACCUCGCCGGAAUCGAUUACCGGUUGCCGUUGAUGGAGUUUGAUAUUCAGCUUGCUCUUGUUGAGUUUGCUGUUCCUGUUGUUCAGAUUCUUGGCUCGCUUUUGUCUUUCUUAGGCAUCCUUUUCCUACUCAUUCUGGAAGAGAAGGGUGUUUAUUACAGCAGUUUAGAAAGGCAUGCCUUGAACAUGCUGAUUGCCGGGCCAGUUUUAUGGCUUAUUGGUUCGAUACACAAUUCAUGUCAAAUCUACGAAAGAGCUGAUGGCCAUAUUCAAAUAUUGCAAGAGAGUGUCAACAUUCCCUUUUUAUUGGCAAGCUUAUUGUUUGUUGUUGGUGCAAUUCUCAAUAGUCGCGAACAAUCAAGAUGGAUUUACCAUGGCCUCAUGUUACUUGGGAAAACAUGGGUAUGGUUGGGAAUAUUUGGGAGCUUACUAUUGUUCAUAGGAGGAUUAAUGAAUGUGGUGAAGGUGUUCAAGAUGCAGCAAAUGAAUGGACUACGUUUAGAGAAGCUACGAGGAGGGGCUCAAGAAGGGUUAAUUCGAGUGAGAGAAGGUCGAGUUCCUCUGAUGAAUGAGGAAAAUCUUUCUUCUCGUCGAUUACAAUCAGGGGCUGAGCCAAAAGGGUUUGAUCCGGCAACCCCUUAUAAAGAUGUUCUUGUUGGUAACACUUGAAUUAUUAAACAAGUAAUAUAGGGUAAAUUCCAUAUUGAUGAUUGUGAAUCAUUUCUCGGCCUAUUUUUAUUAGUUUUUUUCGAUACAAAACUCCUUUAAUAUUCGUGUGUUAUUGUAUAACUUUCUCUUUAAUCUCUCCCUUAUGUGACAAUUUCUCAAGUACAAA